AUGAAGAUUGAGUUUGCUCCCCGCUCUGUGCCACUGCAGAGAAGGCUUCAGACAGCAUCAGUCGUCCAAUGGGUCUUCAGCUUCCUGGGUCUAGCACAGUGCUGCACAGUUAUCUUCAUCGCCCUCUUCUUCACUCGAUUUUGGCUGCUUAGUGUCCUCUACGCUGGAUGGUGGAUAAUAGACAGGGAAAAACCGAGCAAGGGUGGGAGGAGGAUCCAUCUCCUCCGGAAUUGUGUCGUCUGGAGGUACAUGAGGGACUAUUUCCCCAUCACGCUGGUGAAGACGGCAGAGCUGGACCCUAGACAGAACUACCUGCUGGGAUUUCACCCCCAUGGGGUGCUGGCAGCAGGAGCCUUUCUCAACUUCUGCACAGAGGCAUCAGGCUUUUCCUCACUCUUCCCAGGCAUCACCCCACACCUGAUGAUGCUUUCCUUGUGGUUUCGUGUCCCAUUCUUUAGGGAUUACCUAAUGAGUGGAGGCCUUGUCUCCUCUGACAAGGAGAGUGCAUCCUACGUGCUGAGGAAGCCUGAGGGUGGCAACUUGCUGGCCAUCAUCGUUGGUGGGGCACAGGAGGCACUGGAUGCCCAUCCAGGAUCCUAUACUUUGCUGCUGAAGAACAGGAAGGGAUUCGUGCGUGUGGCCAUCCAGCAUGGCACCCCAUUGAUCCCUGCCUUUUCCUUUGGAGAGAAUGACCUCUUUGAUCAGGUGAGGAACCCGAAGGGCUCCUGCCUGAGGUGGAUCCAGCACCGGCUCCAGCAGAUCAUGGGCAUCUCCCUUCCCCUCUUCCAUGCACGGGGCAUCUUCCAGUACAGCUUCGGACUCGUACCCUACCGGCGGCCCAUCUGCACCGUGGUUGGAAAGCCAAUUCCAGUGCAGAAGAAGUUCAAACCCUCUGAUGAAGAAGUUGACGAAGUCCACCAGAAAUACCUCAAUGCAUUGUCCAAGCUCUUUGAGGAGCACAAAGCUAAUUAUAACAUCCCAGAAGAUGCACACCUGGAAUUUAUAUAG